AUGGCGGACUACGAUCGCCGUCCGCGACGAGGCGGUGGUGGAGGAGGAGGAGGUGGUGGUGGUGGAGGCCACUUUAACAAUCGCAAGAGAAGAUACAGAGAUGAUGACUUCGAUGAUCGACGGCCUCAGCGACGUCGCUACGAGGAACCUCUGGUGGUGACAGUGCGCAGACAAGUUCUUUCGAUCGCUGAGAGUCCUGUCCGAAAAGCAGAAGAGGAUGCUGCGACGAUUGCAAAAACACUUGCCGACAACUACUUUGACAAUGAUCUGUCCACGGGCUUCGUGGACCUUGUCACCCAAAUGAUCAUCGAGCAGCCUCUCAAGACGCCCUUCCUAGCGGCCAUAGUCUACCUUGUGAACCCUCAGAAACCGGAACUUGUCACGGAUGUCCUGAGUAAGAUCGGCGAAGCGCUGCAGAAGCGCCUAGACCUCGGCCUGUGGAGGGAAGUCAAGCUGUACCUGCGUUUCCUCGGUUGUCUACAAGGCAUAUUCUCAGAAGCUGGCGUGUUUACAAUUCUGGAGGAACUCUUCUCAAAGGCCGCCGACCUGCAAAUGAAAUCCUCCGAAGACUCCUUAGGGCUGGAAAUUGUGAAAAUUAUUCUCCUGACCAUCCCAUACGCAAUGUCCUCCGGCGCAACGGGAUUCGAAACUCAAGCACUGAGUCUUUUGGAGAAAACCGACAUUAUUGCCUCGACGGCCCACCCCUUGGAAGUCAUCGUCGACCCUUUCCCAAGUCCAGAGGCUGGCGCACCUACCUCCUUGGAAAGCGCACUUGCUCUUCUCCAAAGGCAUAUGCAGGAAGAAUCUAGAAAUGGCUGGGAGUUGCCGUGCUUGCCUCGACCGUGGAAGGGAAGUCGAUCUCCAGAAGAGGAGGAAGCACUGGCUACUGCGCAGAAACACCCAUUUCCUGCACUCAAAAUCCCCGAGGAAGUGCAGAUUGGCCCGAGAUCUAUCUUCCCCGAGGUAUAUUUCUCAGUCUACGGUGAACAAGACAUCGAAACGGUCCCACCUCCUUCUGAUCCCGCCUCGAUUCUGAUCCGGGAUGCUUUGUCAGACACGAUCAACGGACUUGACUUUAAUAGGAUGGCGGCGGCGAAAUUCCUCAUUGACGUUGACUGCUAUUUUGCUGCAGACACCUUUGUAAAGCGAGCAACGCAGUUUGACAAGCUUCGAGAGGUUGCUGGGGACAAGGCAACCUGGAAACCCGAGGAUGUCAUCGUCGACGCAUGCUUUUCGCAGUUGAUGCAGAUGCCCGCCCCAGAGCACAAGCUGGUCUACUAUCACUCGGUUUUGACGGAAGCCUGUAAGCUGGCGCCUGCUGCUGUUGCGCCCAGCUUGGGUCGGGCGAUCCGAUUCCUGUACCGUAAUGUUGAUCGGAUGGACCUCGAACUGUCUCAGCGCUUUCUGGAUUGGUUUGCCCAUCAUCUGAGUAAUUUUGGUUUUACUUGGAAAUGGACGGAGUGGGUCGACGACGUGCGACUUCUUGACGUUCACCCUAAGAAAGCAUUCAUUAUAGAUGCUUUGGAUAAAGAAAUCCGAUUGAGCUUUUCUAAGCGGAUUAAGAAUACACUACCAGAACCUUACCAGGCUUUGAUUUCCGAAGAGAAGGAGAAAGACUCACCGGACUUCAAGUACAAUGACGAUUCAACCCCAUUCGCUACUCAGGGUAAAGAGAUCGCGCAACUUGUCCGUUCCAAAGCCGCGAAUGAAGAGUUCUCGCCUGUUCUCGAGACUAUCGAGCAGGAAGCCACGGCUUCGGGUAUGCCUAACCCGGAAUUGGCCUCCACGGACGCCUUCGUCACCUCGAUAUGUUGGAUCGGCUCCAAGUCGUUAUCGCACGUUCUUGCCUGUAUAGAGCGGUGCAAGGAGAGACUGCUGGCCAUUAGCUCAAGGAGUUCUGCUUGCAGAAAGCAAAUCAUGACAUCAGUCAUGGAUUACUGGAAGGAUCAGACCGGUGUCGGCGUCAUCAUCCUGGACAAAUUGCUAAACUACCAGAUCUUGACGCCCAGCAGUAUCAUUGAGUGGGCACUUGUGGAUCGCGUCGCUCGAGGUUCGUUACUCGCCAGUGCCUGGUGUUAUGAGCUUGUGGAAAAGACCACAAAGAAGGUGGGGUCACGGGUUCACAGCAUUGUUCACGCAAUCCGACAGCCAGGGCUCACAGAUGAUCAAAAGGGUGAGCUACAGCAGGCUUUGACGAAAGAGUUGGAGGGGAUGACAAUACUCUAUGCGAGCAUCCAGGAUGCGGUCGUGAGUAUUCGCGACGGCAACCAGGAUGAGAUGAUGGAGAGUAGUGAUGCGCUCCGAGCAGAGGAUGAAGAGUUAAUCAAGGCGUGGGGCGGAAAAUGGGCAAAGACAUUUCAGCGGAAAUGUGCCGUGGAAGAGAACUGGGUGCGAGAAGAGUUGGCCAGACCGAUUCCCGAGCCUGAAGUCAACGAGCAGCCGAUGGCAGUGGACGGUGGCAGCGGCUCUGGUCUCAACGGUGCUGGAGAGAACGGUAACACACGCUCCGACGCCGAUGGGAUCGAGUAG